AUGGGAGUUGUGACUGUUUCUAGCUCAGCUGCUCGAACUCCGCUAGGGUUGAAUACGAAGUUUUCAACUCAUCAUCCGGUAUUGAAGAGACCGUUAACGGUAGCGUUUAAAGGAGAUAAACAGAAUGACACGAGUUUGGUUGUUACAAAAGAGAAAAUUCCUAUGCAAGUUGAAUCAGCGAAGACAGACAAGAAAAGGAUAGGGAAAACCAAAAAAUUACCUAAGAAAGCAAGAGGUGUUUUAGUUGAGGAAAGUUUUCAGUCGUCGUUGGAUGUGGAUUAUAAUGAAGCUGCUGCCAUACUUGAAAAUAUAUAUAAACUUAGUCCAACGUCCGAUGAGUGUGAUGCAGAUUAUAUAGAUAGUGAAAUUAAGAUAGUCUCUCGAAGGGGUAAGAAGAAUGGUGGUGUGAGUAAAGAGGAGUUAGAGAAUGAUAGAGUGGUUAGAACUCAGAAAAAGAAAGCCAAACGGAUGAAUCUUGAUGAGAGGAUUGCACUAAAAAUGGAUAAUGGUAGUGAAGAUGUUACUCCAACUCGAAAGAAGAGAAAUGGCAGGAAUAGGAUUGGGAAAUUUGAGGAACUUCUUAGGGAGUAUUCAAUUUCAGCUGAUUUGGUGAGCCUGGACUGGAAAAAAAUGAAAAUACCUCCAGUUCUUCCUUCUUCGGAGCAUGCGUUUUUAUUCAAGCUGAUGCAACCAAUGGAGGCACUCCUUCAAGUGAAAGAAGAUUUACAGAAGGAGCUGGAAAGAGAAGCUACAGAGGAGGAAAUAGGUGAGGCAACAAACAUGAGCCCUGCUAAAGUAAAGAAAGCAAUAGAGGUUGGUCGAGCUGCAAGAAACAAGCUUAUAAAGCACAAUCUUCGGCUUGUCUUGUUCGUGAUCAACAGAUAUUUUUCGGAUUUAGCUAAUAGCCAAAGGUUUCAAGAUCUUUGUCAGGCCGGAGUUAAGGGACUUAUAACUGCAAUUGACCGUUUUGAGCCAAACCGAAGAUUUCGACUUUCAACCUAUAGUUUGUUUUGGAUAAGACAUGCUAUCAUUCGAUCCAUGACCCUCUCAAGCUUCUCACGUGUCCCCUUCGGACUUGAGUCGGUUAGAGCAGAGAUCCGAAAAGCUAAGAUUGAGUUAACAUUUGAGCUUCAGAAGCCACCAACAGAGGAAGAAAUAAUAGAAAGAGCUCAUAUAUCCCCUGAAAGAUACCGUGAUGUAAUGAGGGCAGCAAAACCCUUUCUUUCAUUGCAUGCAAGACAUCUAACAACGCAAGAAGAGUUUAUCAAUGGCGUCGUUGAUGAUGGUGGUUUUGAUGGUGAUAACAGGAGGCAACCUGCUCUACUAAGGCUUGCUCUUGAUGAUGUGCUUGAUUCCCUGAAGCCAAAGGAAAACUUGGUGAUCAGACAGAGAUUUGGACUUGAUGGUAAGGGUGACAGAACUUUGGGAGAAAUCGCCUCAAACUUGAACAUCUCUAGGGAAAUGGUGAGAAAGCACGAAGUCAAGGCUCUCAUGAAGCUCAAGCAUUCAGCUCGAUUGGAUUAUCUUCGUCGAUAUGUUGUAUAA